AUGUCAGACUUGGGCGAAGAAAACAGCUCGGAUCCCGACCGGAUCGAAGAGUUCGUUAGGCAGUUUGUUGGUGGUAAAAGUAUCAAAAGAGUUCUAAUCGCGAAUAACGGAUUAGCAGCGAUGAAAUGUCUCAUUUCGAUUCGGCAAUGGCUUCAAAAUCAAUUCGUAACCUCUGAUGUCGUCAGUUUUGUAUGUAUCGCUACAGAAGACGAAAUGAAAUCUGCAUCUCACUAUCUGAAACUCGCCGAUGAGAUUGUCAUGGCUCCCGCUGGCUCGAAUUCUAAAAAUUUCGCCAACGUGGAAGUAAUCACCAGUCUAGCUCUGAAAUCUCGAGUAGACGCUGUAUACGUCGGCUGGGGACACGCUUCAGAGAAUCCAGAGUUGGCACGACGUCUUCGCAAGAAUGACAUCAUUUUUAUCGGUCCAUCGGAGAAGUCGAUUGUUGCUUCAGGCGACAAAAUUAUCAGCACGAUAAUAGCUCAAUCGAUCGGAAUGCCAACUGUCACAUGGAGUGGAAGGGAUGUCAAAGUUGAGAAGUGUGUUGAUUUUGAGCACUUUCACGAAUUACGAGCCCAAGCGACAAUAAAAAGUGCGAAAGAAGGUCUUGAAGCGAUUGAAAAAUAUGGAAUCGGUGUGCCAAUGAUGAUUAAAGCGUCGGAAGGUGGAGGUGGAAAAGGAAUUCGGAAAUGUGAGAAGAUGGAGGAUUUCGAACGGCUUUUUAAAGAAGUCGAGAUAGAAGUCCCGAACUCUCCGAUCUUUCUGAUGAAGUGUAUGGAAGGGGCUCGCCACGUGGAAAUUCAAAUCAUCGGCGAUAAGCACGGAGAAGUAAUUGCUUUGUCGUCUAGAGACUGUACAAUCCAGCGAAGAUGCCAGAAGGUUAUCGAGGAGGCGCCAGCGAGUAUUGUGCCGGAGGAGAUUAUGAAGAAUAUGAAAAAGGACGCCAUCGCUUUCGCCAAUUUCGUCGACUAUUACUCCGCUGGAACCGUGGAACUUCUUUUCGUACCAUCCACAAAUCAAUAUUUCUUCCUCGAACUCAACCCACGUCUUCAAGUUGAACACCCUUGCACUGAAUCAGUUUGUGAUGUUAAUGUGCCAGCACUACAGUUCCAAAUUGCAAUGGGGCGGAAGUUAACGGAUAUUCCAUGCGUUCGGCGGUUUAAAGAACGAGAAGAGCGAGGAGAGAACUCGAAAAUGCACUGUUUUGCGGCACGAGUGACUUGUGAAGAUCCGAAUGAUCGAUUUCUUCCAUCUACGGGAACUGUGAGAUCUUUGAAGUUCAACUCCACUUCCAAAGCAUGGGCGUAUUUCUCUCUGACUGAUGGAAGCACCGUUCACGAAUUCGCAGAUUCUCAAAUUGGUCACGUCUUCGCCCGCGGAAGAGAUCGAUCCGAAGCGAUUACCAACCUCAAACAUGCGCUUCACAACCUCAAAAUCGAUGCGACGUUCCCAACUCAAUCUGACUAUCUCAUCGAUCUCUUGUCACUUGAGAAGUUCAAGUCCAAUCAGUAUGAUACGCAGUGGUUGGAUCAGAGAAUUGCCAAAAGAGAGCAACAGAAGCUUACUCUCCCCAUCGACCAUCUCAUCGCUAUCAGCGCAGCUGCCAUUGGUAGAUCGAAGAUUCGAUCAAUUUUCGAAAGAUAUGAAAAUAACCUUCGAACGGGAAAAAUCGUUCUGCCAGUGGAGUUAUCAAGAAGUACAGAAGUCGAGCUGGAAAUUAAUAAUGUCAAAUAUUUUCUGAACGUUUUCGAGGAGACCCCAUUGAAGUAUCAUCUACGACUAGGAACACAAGAAACAACAGUCGAAAUGUUGAAAUAUGGAACUCACAAUCUCGCAAUCCAUCAGGGUAAAUCUACAGAUUACGUUCUCGAGGAGACAGAGGAGGUGUAUCUGAUUAAAAUCGGAGGAAACAAAUUGAAAUUCUCGAAAAUGGACACCAACGACGCAAGCUGCCUCCGAUCUCCCUAUACUGGAAAGUUCUUGGAGUAUAAGGUUCAGCCGGGGGAAUUCGUUCAAGUCGGACAGACCUAUGCACAAAUUGAAUCGAUGAAAAUGGUAUUCGAUGUGGUUACCAAAGUGGCGCCUGGAAGGCUGAUCCCAAUUGCUAAGGAUGGGGAUCUGAUCAAUCCUGGAUCAAUCUUGGGACGGCUCGAAAUCGAUAAACACAUUCAGGAUCAACUAAUGACUAGUGAGAAAUUUGAUGGAAAAAUGACUGGAUGGAAAGUGGAGGAGAAAAGUGAUUUUGAGAAAGCCCAACUGAUAUUGGAAGGUCGUGGAGCUAUGGAUUACCAGAUUAAUCAGCUUGUUUCUGGACUUGUGAAUUCCAAUGCCACCCAACUAAUCGAUCGAUUCAUCGAACUCGCCGAACCUUUCGAUUCUAGAGAUGGAUUUGAUGAAUCUGUUCAACGACUUCUACAAGAAGAAUCGCCGGUUUUUGAGCAAAUUGUAGACCUGAUUCACUCGAACACUAAUCAAAAGACCAAGGAAAAAUUAAUAAUGGGAAUUCUAGAAACGAUUCAGAAUCCACAGGAAUAUGAAGAAUCUCUAAUGGCCCUCUACAAAACCUGUCUACUAAGGAAUUUCAAAUCGAUGGCUGCCAUGGUUGCCAAAAUCUUGAAGCCUGAAUCCUCUGAACCCUUGGAAAUCAAAAAAUCUCAAAACUUGGGAUCGAUGAGAUUUAGGAACACACAAAAGGAAUACUCUAGCUUUCAACUCACCAACGCUGUCUUCGUAGCUCUUCUGGAGUUUACUGCCUGCUCAUCAGGUAUCAAAAAUACGAAUUUUGUUGCCAAUAGAAUCGACAUCUCGAUUGAUAUUUCGAGAGAACAGGCUGAAGAGGUUCUAGAAAUAAACGAGAGAUUCUUGAAGGCGGCUGGAGUCACAGAAAUCUUGCUGACGAGUUCAUCAGAAACUCUCUGGUUUUCUUGGAAGGUUGACAGGUUCCAUUUAGAAGUUCUAUCAUCGACGGAAUCUCCAGAAUUUCUGCCACCAAAUCCGCGAGAUUUCAAAAGAAGUCUGGCAAGUCUGAACCGUACCACUUAUAUCUACGAUUUCCCAUAUCUCUUCGCUUCCAUUGGAAAUUUGGAAUAUCAAGAACUGAUCGUUGACGAAAAGACUCAUCAACUUCAAAUGAUUUCUGACACAGAAGAGCUGGAAAGACGAGCCGUCGGAGGAUUGAAUACGUGCUCAGUGGUAGCGUGGCUGAUGAAGCUGGAAAUCGAGCAGAACGAUCAACGAGAGUUCGUGCUGAUUGGAAAUGAUGUCACCCAUCAAGUGGGAUCAUUUGCGCAGCCAGAACAUGAGCUCUUUGAGUUGGCUAGUAGAUUGGCAAGAGAACGGAAGAUCCCUCGAAUCAACAUCUCCUGCAACUCGGGUGCUCGUAUUGGUCUUGCCAGAGACGUUUUAGAUGUCUUGAAAGUGAAAUUGAAGCCCAACGGUCAUGAUUUCGAUUACCUCUACGUGGAUUCUAGUGAGAAAGAACGAAUCGGAAAUCAAAUUGUGUAUAAAGAACAAGGAGAAGAGUUGAAAUUGGUGGCUGUUAAAGGAAAGAAGGUUAGGCACAAAGUGGGCGGAAACGAGUACAUCGGAGUUGAAAAUCUGAUGGGAUCCGGAGCGAUUGGUGGAGAAACUUCUAGAGCGUAUCGAGAGAUUCCCACGUAUUGCUAUGUGACUGGAAGAUCGGUGGGCAUUGGAGCUUACACAGCGAGAUUGGCUCGGCGAAUUAUCCAACACAAAGACUCGCAUCUCAUUUUGACUGGUGCCACGGCUCUUAAUACUUUGCUGGGGAAGAAGGUCUACGCAUCAAACAAUCGUCUAGGAGGCGUAGAGAUUAUGAGCAAUAACGGAAUUGCUCAUGCUACAGUAUCCUCGGACGUGGAAGGUGUUGAGAAGUUGGUACAAUGGCUCAAGUAUCUUCCGGUCAAGCAGAAAGAGUACCCAUUUUUCAAGUGCUUGGAUAAAGAAGAUGUAAAGGUAGAAGACGUCAAAGUGAACAAGGAUGAAAUGCAGUUGGAUGUUAGGAAUAUCAUCGAGGGAUUUGAUGGGAAACAAGGAAUCUUCGAUUUUGGGUCUUUCGACGAGAUUUGCACAUCAUGGGCAGCAUCUAUCGUGACGGGAAGAGCAAAACUGAAUGGAUUGCCGGUUGGAGUGAUUGGUUCGCAGUGGAAGUCUUAUGAGAAACAACAAUUGGCAGAUGAGAGUGUAGAAAAGAGUGAAGAAGUGACAGUAACCAGAGCAGGACAAGUUUGGUACCCCGAAUCCGCGUUCAAAACAUCACAAGCCAUCUCUGACUUUAAUCGUGAAUCCCUUCCUCUUGUCAUGAUUGCUAGUCUUCGAGGAUUCUCCGGUGGUCGAAAAGACAUGUCGGAUCAAGUGCUCACUUUUGGAGCUCACAUCAUUGAUGAGUUAUCCCAAUACCAACAACCAGUCAUCGUCUACAUCCCAGCUGGAGGAGAACUUCGUGGAGGUGCGUGGGCUGUCGUGGAUUCCAAUAUCAAUCGUGGUAUCGUGCACGUCAUCGCAGAUGAGACGUGUCGUGGAGGAAUUUUGGAGCCAAACGCCGUAGUUGGAAUUAAGAUUCGAGAAGCUCAAAUUGGAAAGAUCAUGGAGAGAAGUGGAGUGGUCUCUGUGGAUGUGGAGGAUUCUGUGAAGAGUGCGUUCAAGAAGGCGUGCGUAGAUUUUGCGGAUAUGCAUGAUAGAUGGCCAAGAAUGGAAUACGUUGGAGCUAUUCGCCAGGUGACUAGUCUUCAGAACACACGCGCCGUCUUCUGGAAGAUUCUGAAGAAGGAGUUGAUCCUUGUGGAGAUCGCUGAUCGGUAUAGCAACGCUCCGAUUUAUCCAAAACCAACGCAUUCCGAAGCACUGGAAUGGGUCAAAAAACGAACGGAGGAAGAGGAGGACCUUCGGAAGUACUACACCGACGUCUUCUGUGAAGACGUUUCUAGAGAAAUUCAAAAAUCCAAGAAUCGAUUCGAGGAGGCUUGUGCCACGUGGCAACUAUAA